CCAGUACUGACAAUCAUGGCGACUUGGCCCGAGUCACAACAGCGCCCCCCAUCAUUCACAACAUCUCCGGGUCCUGCUUCUCCCCCCAGCCGCGGGAGAGCUUACGUGGAAUACAUUGACCCCGCCGACGCCGCCAUCCUCUCCGACCCUUCCUUUACCCCCCACCCCGACUCCUUCGCGGCGCUCCGCUUCUCCGCCCGCUACAGCCUCCACCCCGACGGCCGCCGCCGCCUGCAGCCCGUCGAGCUCUGCUUCCACGACGACUGGGAUGCCCACCCGGAGAGGCCUGUCUCGCUGCACUUUGGCAACGGAGACGCCGUCACGCGGCACGAAUGCCCACCUCCAAACCUGCCUGCCCCGGUGCCGCCGGGCGCCAUUGUCGAGGCGGGGAUCGUGGAUGUCGGGGACGCUGUGCUUUCGUCGAUUGAAGAGGAGGAUAUACACGAUGCGGGGGACGGUUGGGAUGCAUCGGUGGCUGGUGACAACGGCCGGAUGAGCUUGUCUCCGUCGCCCUCCCCAGGCUCCCGCUUCUCUCCCUCGCCGUCGCCGCACCACCGGCUAGACAGGUUCGAGCAGGUCCGGUCCCACAUUUCCUGGCGAACCCUUGCCGUCGCCCUCGGCGUCGCCAUCGCCGCCGCCGCCGCCUGUUUGGGUCGCCAACCCGCUCCUGUCUGCGCUGUCGAGGUGGAGAUCGUCGACAACAUCGCCGUCCUCGACCUCCCCUCCCGCCUCGUCAACCUGCAGUCCCGCUUUGGGAGCAUCGGCAAAUCCAUCGCCACCGCCGCCCCCUACCUCAACCCAGACCAAGUCGGCGAGUUCGCCUCCGCCAUGACGGCGCUCAGGCUUGCACUGGCGGGGUACUACCGUGCUCUCGCACAGCACACCGAGACGGAUCUUGCGUCGGGGGCACAGACGAUCGUAUUCGACUACAACCACCUCGCCCGCGAGUCCGACCUCUUCAGCGCCUCCAUCUCGCAAGCCUCGGAGCUAUGGGUUCCCGUCGACGCAUCGCUGCGCGGGCAGUGGGCGCGCAUGCAGGCGGUAGACACGUGGUCCAACGCGCACCACCUGGACCUCCUCUCGCCGUGGGUGUGGUGGGGCCCGCUCAUCGACGGCGAGCCCAUCGACGGGGCAUACCUGCUCUCCAACACCAACUUUACUGCUGGCGAAGAGCUGCUGCGCAUCCUGCCCCUGCGCACGUCGUCUGCUCCACCCCCCUCGAUCAUCAGGCAGAUCCUCGCCAUGUACCGCGCCUCCGCCACGACGGGGAUGAGGGCGUCGGUAAAGCACCCGGCCAUGACGCCGUGCGAGUUCUGCGCCGCCGCCGACGACACGCUCCAUCCCGCCUGCCAGGACACCGCCACGUCGUCCCCGCUCGCCAACUACGCCGCCCAACUGCGUCGCCGCCUCCCGCCGCUGGCGCUGUACGCGGACAUGGACCCCCACGACCUGCCCCCGCUGUUCGGCUCCGACGCCGACGCCGGCAUGUUGCCGGACAGGUUCCCCGGCGAGCCGGACCUGUUCGCGCUGGGUCGCCACCUCGCCUCUGCGGCUGCUUCGGCGGAGGAGAUUGUUGGGAUUGCUGCGGGUGUUGUUGGCGGGGUGGAUGCGGAUGGGAAGGGGCAUGAGAGGGUUUGUGCCAAGUGGCGGGAUUCGCUCAGCAGCACCGACGGACAUGCGUCCCAUUGGGGGUUUGGGCAGGAGUUUAAGGCUGUCGUGGAAUACGACUUUGUCGCAUACACUGGCGAAUCAUCGGUUGUGUCGCGGGUAGGGCAAUGGUUGACCCCCUGGUGGUCCACCCCCGACAACCUCCUCCGCCGCCGCCGCGCCCUCUUCAACCGCUUCUCAUCCACCGAGCUUGCCUUUGACGACAACAACCCCCCAGACACCCCCUACCUCCGCAUAGCAGCCCACGUCCUCUCCACCCAAACCAACCUAUCCGAUCCCGCCAUAACAGCCAUAACAGCAAAAAUCACAUCCCUCUACUCCUCCUCCCGCCUCGCAGCCGCAAGAGCCGCCGUCGCCCUCGCACUGUGCGGCAACCCAUCCCUCCCACCCCCAGCAGCAGAACAGGAGAUGGAAAUAUCCCUCCUCCCCGCCACAUCCGGCGCCUCAACCCUCCUGUCAGGCCCCAUCCACGCGCAGAUCGACGCCCUCGAGCAGGCAUUUGCCGUCUUCCGCGACGUGUGCGCCGGGGCGGCGGAGCUGGUUGGUCAGCUGGAUGGGCUGGGGAGGGGGGAGGGGUGGGUUAGGGUUGUUGUUGGGGUGGAUGGAAAUCUUGAACAGAUUGGAGAGGCUGGGGGGCGGAGGUUGACGGCGACGGUGUCGAGGACGUUUCUUGUUUUGGCGCAUCCGACGGAUCAGGCUGCGGUUUUUGCGGAGGAGGGGGAGAGGCUUGUGGGCGAGGGGGGGGAGGUGGAUGGGUUGUAUGCCGGGGCGGUGGGGAGGCGGAGGGGGGAGGGGGAGGGGGUUGUUGGGGAGUGGUGGGAGGGGCUUGGGGAGGGGGAGGAGGAGGCGGGGGAGCUGAGGCUGCUUGAUGGGAGGGUUGUCAGGGUGAGGCCGGUUGUUGAGAGGGAGGUAUUGGAGAGGAUGGGGGGUUUGUUGGAGACUGUGAGGUGUGUUGGGGAAACCGCUGAGGAGGAGGAGGAUGGCGGUGAUGAUUAAGUGGCGGUUGACUCUCCUUGGGUGGUUGUCGUGUCUUGUUCAUGCUGUUCUGCUUCCCUAUAUCUCCUCUUGGUCAGUCCUGUUCUGGUAUUAGCUUUGUUCUGCCACUCGAUAUUUAGUCUUGGUCGACUCUUGGUCUUCAUCUUUCAAGGUGUUGUCCUAUCAUCUGCCAUGUUUUAUCUUAGUGUUUGGUUCCAGUUCCAGAUCCCGGCUCUUCUUUCCGUGCUUCUUCCUUGGAAUAGCCUGGUUCCAUUCAUCCCAUCACUGUUCAACGUUCCAUUCCAGUCUUGGAUCUGUGGUCUGGGUGGCUUAGUCCUAUGUUUUCGUCGUGAUAUUUGUAGUUUUAUCAGUUCCUGACUAGGUAAUUCCCAG